AUUUUGAAAGGCCAAAGCGGAAACUUCCCGCAUCCUGCUGUAUCUGACUAUAAGCUAGAGGACCUUCUGCUCAAUCAAGCUCGCUCGUACCGACGCCAUCUCGACAAAAGGGAAGUCAGUCGUUAUUUUAGCGACAUAAAUAUUUCAAAUAAAUAACAAUACACUCUGUGGUCACUGGGGCGGUAAUUGAACGACGUCUCCGCUACGUUAUAACCGUAGCUUGGAUAACAGCCCGUAUAUUCGACGAACAGGAAGAAGACUGUUAGCUUGUGACGUUGCUAGCUAAACCGUCUCCGCCGCGGCAGGAAUUUCACAGCCUGUUUAUGUUUUGGUCAAAUCAGAGACAUGUUGGACGGGUACUCGGCACAUAUCGAUGAAGCCAACAUUGGCAACGUCGAAAACAACAACCCGGUGUCGCUGCUUUGUGGCGGCGGCAGCAGCGAUGGGGUGAACCCGGGCCACCGAGCGAGGCUUAAGAAAGGAGGGAGGAAGCUGCUGCAUCAGCAGAAACUCCCGAAGAAGAACGGCCCCAGCCUCCGUCUGUCGGACCACAACAACAACAACAACACUGUCACUGUUUCAUCUGCGUGUAGACCAGCAGCUCAGCCCGGUACCGAGCUCCCUGCCGGUACACAGGCGGUACUGAGCCUCCAUCAUCUCAAACAGGGAGCCAAGAAGGAGGUAACCCUCUCAAUAAAGAUAUACUCUCCUGCUUUAUAUGCUCGUAUUUGCCGUUUGUAUAACAUAGGGUACCUUUCUGUGAGUCAUAUAAAUAGUUUGAAAACAGUAGCUUUAAAACAGUAUGCACUUGCCCACUAUUAGUGGUGCAAAAUCUCCUGUUUUAACACUACAAGUCCUCUGAUAUUUGCAAACAAGUGUGUCACCUGCUGUAAUCUUCCUCAGCAGACAGAGGAAGACUAGUCUACUUUCGUUUCUUCAGAGCUAGAGUUAGUAACUGCGCCAUUUCAGAUAACAUCCGCAUUCAUUCACAUACAAGAGAACUGCACUGUUUCAGAGGGCUAUGGCAAAACUUAAAAUUACAACUAUGUAGAUUAAUAUUGAUGUCAUGACUAUUAAAUAUGAGUACGAAAAAUAUUCACCCAUGAUUUGACAUCUGCAUCACAAACAUUGAAGUAUUUUAAAACCUCUAUGAAACUAUGAAACGCUUCUAUAUUUGAAAAACACAAUAACUGGUCUGUCAAACUGAAGGGUUUUGUUUUUUUAAAGUCAUGUGCACCACUAACAAGAGGGACCAGGAAUGGGCAUUUUAAGAAAGUCCCUCGAUCGAUUAAUCACAUGAAAUAACGACCAAUCAUUGAUUAGAUCAGUGGUUCUCAACUGGUGGAUCCCGGCCCAAAAGUGGGUCGUGGACAUGUUCUGGAUGGGUCGCGAAUAGCUGGUCAAAAAAGUAAAUAUUUCAUGCUUAUCUGAUGUUUGGCAUGUCCUUUUUUUUUUGAAAAAUAGCUUAUUUUGAAAAGCAUAUAUUGUGUCAUGGUCCUCCUGGGUUUCUUAUUAAUGUGGCCUGAAUGCAGUAACUAUACAUGUUUUUUUAUUUUAUUUUAUUUAUUUUUUGGUCUUUAUUUUGAGUAAUUUGAUAUUUUCUGUAUAUGCUACUUCAGUAGUUGUCGUCCUCAUGUCGUGCUCUGAAAUGCACUUUACUCAAUAAAAUGGGUGUAUUUAUGUUAAAGAUUAGAGUCUUUAAAGGGUAAUUAAAAAAUUAGCUCGGUUUGAAUUUUAUAAAAGUGGGUCGCAACUUAAGGACCAUGGGAAAAUGUGGGUCCCAGAGUAAGACCAGUUGAGAACCAUUGGAUUAGAUUAGUGCUGGACGAUAAUUCGAUGACAAUAUAUAUCGAUCGAUAGACGUGUGGUGCGAUAGAAAAAAAACGGGUCGAUAAAAAGUUCGAUAGAAAAACACAGUUUCCCUUUCUUUUUCAUCAUAGCCUAUCAUGUAGCUUUUACUACAGUCAUUACUUCCUCCCAACCAAUCACAAACGCAGACCCAGGUACGCUACGGCACCAAGCCCAGCCCCUAUCAAACCACAACAGACAGCACGUGUAUUAGAAGAAAUGAUACAGCAAGGAGAAGCGGAGGACAUUGUCCCGAAAAAAGGUUUCAGUAGUUCACCAGCAUGGCAAUGUUUUGGUUUUUAGAAGUCUGACAAAAAGCGAACAGCGGUCGUUUGCAAAAUUUGCAGAGAAUUAGUAAAAACCAAGUCUGGUAACACAACCAACUUGUUUUACCAUCUAAACCGAUCGCACCCGCAGGAGUACGAGCUGUGUCGGCCGCGCCGCGGCUCCACGUCGUCGUCGGAGGAAUCCUCUGGAACCGCUGCCAGCACCAGCACAAAGCAUGUGAAGCAGACCAAACUGGACUUCGUUUCUUGCCAAAAUACGACAAAGCGUCCGAGCGGAAUAAGGACAUCACCCAUGCAGUAACAUGCUCCAUAGCGAGGGACAUACUGCCAGUUACUACCGUUGAAAAGCCUGGCUUCCACCAGCUUCUAGCCACUCUCGACCCGCGAUAUGAAGUGCCCGGCCGCAAGUAUUUCUCAAACACAGCGCUUCAGGCAUGAAAAUGGGUCAGGAGUUGAAAAGGUGAGAAGGGUGCGGAGGAAAUACGUUCCGGUGUUGUGCCGUAGAAUGCACCCCUGCAUCCCGUCCACUCAUUAGCUUCUUAAAGUGGAAGAAAAUGAGCUCAUAUUUUACAAAGACGCGAGUAUUUGGAUCAUGGCUACUAGCAGGGGGUGCAUUCGGCAGGGGUGCAUUCUACAACACAACACUGGCGUGGAUAAGUCCUGCUUCUCGUGCUCAGUUUGUGUAUUAAGUCAAUCACAUGAUAAUUAAAAAAAAUAAAUCUCCCGACCCCGGGAGAAAUAUUUCAGUGUUCAGACACCAGGCUGUGGGCAGUUUCCCACACAGUUAAAACUGGUAGUAUGCUAUUCCCACCUAAAGCUAUUCUGUUUAUUUAUAUAUUUGUUUGUUUUGUUUAUUUUCAUCAAAAGACUAUUUAAAUAUUUAUCUAUCAGAUUUUCUGGUCACUUUAGUCUUUAUGUUUGUCAGUAUUUACUGACGUCACUCAGGCCACUUAAGUUGAUUUCUUUUUUUUUUUAGUUCUUUUUUAAAAAACUUUCAGUUGUGGUAAAAUAAAAAAGGUGGUUGAAUAAAGGUUUGAAUUUGAAUUCAGUGCUUGUGUGUUCUUUAUUAAAAGUAGGUCAUUAAGCAAUAGCAUAAAAUAAGGCUGCACAAUAUUGGAAAAAAAUAAUAUUGCGAUUUUUUCAACCCUGCGAUAUAUAUUGCGAUAUUAAAAAUACAGUAUUUUCACCAGAUGACCUGAAUAGCACUUAAUGUUAUGCUGCACUGCUGAAAUCUUGAGGACAGUUAAUCUGCUCUGAUCUUACCUCUUUUUGUGAAUGUUAGUAGAACGGCUUCUGUCUGUCUGUCUCAGAGAUAUUUUUAGCUUUUAUUGUGCUGGGACGUUAUUGUGGCAACAGGUGAACACAGAAGACGUGUUUUGGUCGACAUCAUCCUUCUUUUAACCGAAAUAAUUCCAGAUAACUGACUUUCCUUUUCUUUUUGGCAACAAAUCUUCAUUUUCGGUGGUUUUCGCUUGUUCGUUGCUCAUUUUGCGAUCGUUGUUGUUGUUGUUAGCGGUGUUGUGCCGAGAAACGCAUGUCCUCCGAGAAUUGCAUGCACCUCGCAAAACGCGCACUGCUUAUAGUAGAGUGGUCCACGGAAAUGUACAAUUUAAAACCCAUACAGUUCUUAUUUGUUGGGCUUAACAGUCAUGAGUAAAGUUCCGAAAGUAAUUCUCAGCGGACACACGUCUCCCUCCAUGUGCAGAACAUGUGCAGGGGUGGGUUUUCUCCUCCCUGAUUUUGAUUGACAGCUGGCAGGGUAGUCUGAUUGGCAACUGAGAAGUGAGUCUGAUUGGCAACUGAGUUAAGGACGAAGGCGAUUGGUGGAUCGCUGCACAGCACAUGCAGAGUCACAUGGAGUGUUUCUCAGUCGGUUACCCUUGAAAUUAAAUGAGUUCAUUCACCUCCAAUAUCGCAGGCUCUGCGAUGUGACUAUCGCGCACACGUACAUCGCGAUGACGAUAGUCAAACGAUAUAUCGUUCAGGCCUAGCAUAAAACAUCCAGGGCUGCAAUUAAAAUAUAUGUUAAAUAAUUAUAAUAAUUAUAUCGAUAAUUAUCGAUAUCGAUCAAUAUGAUUUAUUUUUUAUCGAUAUGCUUUUUUUCUAUAUCGUCAAGGCCUAGAUUAGAUCAUUUUAGUGGAAAAAAAGCACAAAAAAAGUAUUUUCCUCACUGCAGUUUUUGACUUAUCUUUGCAGGACUCGACAGUGCGACCGUUUCACUCGCAUUUGCGACUAAAAAUAGAUGUGUGCGAAUUGUAAAAUGUAUUUUGGGGCGCGUGUGUGCAUAAAAAAAAUCAGCUACAGCAACAAAUAGUUUUUCAUCUAAAUACCACGGUGAAGUUAGUUUUAGGUUGGAGAUUCAACGGACAUUCACUGUGGAUCUACCAGUGUUUCUCACUCUCCACAACCGGGAAUAGCAACAGCAGUGCGGUCAAAUCUACUCUGCACCCUCGCUGUCAACGUCAGGUGUUGAAUAAGGGACCAUCAAUAAACUACCGGUUGAUGCUCUCAGAAAAGGCUGUUUUCCUUUAAUAGCUUCCAUGUCAUGUGACCAGUUGACCUAAAAUUGAUUUUCAAUAAUAGUACUUAUGUUGACCAAUAAGACACACCUCUUUAUUUCCCUAAUUUGUCCUCUAAAAAAACUUGUGUAAAAUUUAAAGGCAAAUUUUGAACAUUUUCUUCAAUAGCUUCCAUGUCAUGUGACCAAAAGACUUAAAAUUGAUUUUCAGUUAUAGUACUUAGCGCUUUUAUUGAUCAUAUUUUAUCACAGGCUGCAGAUCAAAUCAGUCUGUCCUUCUAUGAUUUUAUAUAACGGCCUUUAUAAUGUUAAGACGUGGAACAUAGUCUCUCUCUCUUUAGUCGGGCAUUUUGAGCUCAUGAGAGCUUGUGCACGCUUGUAAUCACCACAGCCGUCCUCUCAUCAGGCUUAUUUUAUAUCUUGGAUUUUUAGACGCACACGGAAACACACACCUGCUUCCACCUUCUCUUCUCCCUGCUCUCUUCUCUCCUCCUCCUGCUCCUCCCUCUGCUCUCCUCUCUCCACCUGUAGCUGGCUGAUAGUUUGUACUGCUGUUGCUCAGUGCAUUACAGAUACAGUCCACCGUUAAUCUUUACCCGAGCUGCAACUUCCUUGUGCUCCUAAACUUCGUUUCACUCUUGAUCCGAGCUGCUUCUGUUGAAUUGAAAGUGAAAGCUGUUGGAGGGGAGGGGUCUCACCACCAACUCUACUGUCUGCUUUAUUCUACAUAAAUCAUGUCAUCUUCCCUGAGAAGUUUGAGGCUUCUUAAAAUGACGCAGUUGUUCAUACAUUUAUCAUCAACAGGCCGAAAAAACCUCUUUAGCAUGUUGCUCAUUCUUGUUCUGAAGAAACAGAAGUAGACUUGUCUUCCUCUUUUUGCUGGCAGCUGCAGGAGGAUGAUUGCAGCAGGUUGCACAUAGCCGGCACACUUCCUCGUACAUGCAGAAGAAAAUGAGUCACUAGGUGAAGAAAGGUUCAAAGCCAUCUGAUUAUGGUACAUGAGAUGAUAGAGAUUAGCAAUAAUACUGUGUACUAAAGCUGUCAAAAUUUUAAAGCUCGAUUUUUUUUUUAAACAUAAAGAAACUAGUUACAGCUUUAAAAAAUACAUUUAUGUAAUUGAUGUAUUUUAUUUCACUGGAUUUAUUAUGGUUGAUUCAAGCAGUAAUUGAACCAGUCAUCAUGCUGCAUUAAUGAUAUUUUGUGUCUGUCGUUCAGCUGCUGAAACCUAAAGGAGGCAGAUUGGAUCGUGGGACCAUGCAGCCGGGCGGCCAGCUGUCCCGCAACACGCCCAAACACGAUCAGAUCUCCCAGAACGGGAUCGCCCGCAGCCACAAGCCCAAGCAGGCGCAAAACCCCGUCACUCCUCACUCCACAAAGAAGAAAGACAACAGCACGCCGAGCAAACCCUCAUCUCUGCUCCAGCCUCCACUCCGAGAGCAGAAAACACCCCUCCACGCCUCCAACAACGUGAAAAUCGUGAACACCACGCCUGCUGAACCCGCACCCGAAUUUAAAGAUGGUGAGAAAGUCUACGCUGGAGCGAAGUUCAGUGAGCCGCCUUCACCGAGUGUCUUACCCAAACCACCCAGUCAUUGGGUCGGUGAAAACAAACCUCAACAAAGCAACCAAAGCCGAGAGCAAAUGACUGUUCACCUCAAGUCACUGCUGAAGGUUCAGGAUCGAUCCUGACCAAAGUCUGAAGGUUUGAAUUUGAUCCAACAUGGAAGCCACACCCAAUUGGAAGAUAUGCAUUUAGAUAAAAAUGAGAUUGGCUUUUAAUACACUGCAAUAUAAUGUCGAAGGAGUUUACCAACAGUAGUACAAUUUUUCAUCAUCCAACAUGCUGCCUGCAUUUUUAAGCAUUUGAGGGACGACUUGUUUGGACUGGAGAUCCGACCACAAGCUGAACAUUUCUGCCCGUCUGUGGGCAGAGCAUCGGGGCGAAGGGAAGUUUGUUUUUGCGUCAGAAUCUGUCUGUGUUUUUUUUUUUUUUUUGUUUUUUUACAAGACGUGAGCAGGAAGAAAACGGCUUUGCAGGAGUCCGGGGUCGUCUCCAGCUGCAACACAAUCAGUCUGGCGUUUACAGUUUGUGAAGAGACAAGGACACUUUCUCUGUGAACGUUUUUGAAAAGGCAGCCUCGUGUCGAUUAACUUUUUAAAGAGAAGCUAGUUUAAAUGUACAUAAUAUAUUGUAGACAUAUAUUGAUGUAUAUUUUUCCUUGUUGUUUUAACUGAGAUUCUAGUUUUGUUACUGAUGUUUUUCCAAGAAAAAGCAAAAGAAAAGAAAAAAGUCCUCCUGCAAACUGAAGCACUUUGUUAAAGCUCCCUCAGCGGAUGGCAGAAAAAGACUUUUCUCUCUCUCUCUCACUCUCUCUCUGAUUUGCACUGAAAUCUUGAAGCAGGGAAGGGCAGGAAACCUCACUCCGAUGCUCCAAAGCUUGACCGGCCACUUUGACGAGUUCACCAGCUGAAUUGGAGCAAAGCGGAGGACUUCUAGAUCCUGGCUGGUUGCGUUUGAAAAAGCGAGUGGCUGAAUUUCUUUUCCCUCCCUGAAAACGGGUCCAGCCGGAGAGGAUUGGAAAGUUCAAUCAGGGACUGUGAGGCUGAUGAAGCCUCGGCAAACCUGGAGAGAAGAUGUCAAUGUGAAACGUCCCACAAGCAGCUGCUGCAGGGAGCCAGAAUCCAGACCUGACGCUUUUACUCUGCUCACUUUAUUGCACUGACUCAGAAUACGUUCACAUUAAGCCAGAUACACUCGGACAGCAUCUUUUUUGUUUUUGAGACUCUCUUAAGAACACUGACUUUUGUUUUUCACGCUGCAAAGUUAUUCCACAUUAGCUUUAUCAAACAGCAGAUUUUCUUUUGCGCCCCUUCCUCAAAAAAAAUGUCCUGUUCUCUUUUUCUCUGACAGUCGGGAUGAAAAUCGGCUGCAGACAUAUAGACACCUGCAGUGUUUUUGUACUUCAAAGAACUUGUUUACCGCAAAUCAACUAGAGAAAAGCCUUUUGGCUGCUCAGUUUUGCAUAAUCAGGUUCAAGAUCUGAUCAGGAAACAGAAGUUUUCACACACUCCCCAUGAAUGUACAAACACAGGAGGUGAAAUCGCAGUUUUUAAAGACUGUCAUUGUAGUUCCUCUGAUACUUGUACUUUUUUUGGAGAGUGUGGCUAGAAGGCGAAGAAGACCUGUAUCCUCUUGACUUUUUUCUUAAUGCCAGUGCAGGUAAUCCCUUACAUGUAGGUCAGAGAAACAACAACCGGGAAAGUAUCUUCAAGCAGAGAAGUUUACACCUACUAGUCCAAUCCUUAUCAGUGAAGAUCUGCAGGUUUUUCUAUUUCAAGUCCUUGUGAUUGUACCGUAAAUUCGUCCAGGUUUCUGACUCGCCCUGCGGAUAGAGCAGAAAGUGUAAGGAUGAGUGGGGCAGGUUGGUGUUGAACCCAAGCCGUCCACUUGGAUGAUCAAACGGGGUGCUCUGUUUCACUUUGAAAUCAUGACCCCAAAACUCUGUUGAAUCGGUGCCAGUGAACUCACCUCUGAUUCAUUUAAUGUUUUGCUUUUCAGUCCAAGCUUUUAUUUUUCUGCAUCGAUGAAACUAUCACUGAUUACUGAUACAUGUACAUUAGUAUUCAACUUUAUUCCACUUUCCAUGAGUGAAAUAAAGUCUCCGUAACCUGAUUUAUGUUUGUUUGAAUAUUCCAAGCACUGCCAUAGAUAUCACCUUUCUGAUAUUUGACCUUUUAGAUAUGCUGAUCAGUCGUUUUUUUUUUUUAAAGUUCUGAGUCUUUUGUUGUUUUAUGUGACGCUUCACGAGUGCAUCUCAGUAAGUCAGCUGACAGCAAAAAUCACAUAUUUUCCAUCAGCUAAUUAAAGUCGGACUGUGCGCGCUGAAGAGUUUACCCUUACUUGAGGUAAAAUAUUUUCAGCAUUUUCCCGUUCGGGUUUUGAUAUUUUUGGUCUUCAGUUAAAGGAAUUCUGUUUGAGAUGCACAAGUAGAUCUUUCUGUAUGAAGUUGGCCGUAUGCGUGUGAACAAACCAACUUCAAAGUCUUUCUAAGUACGCUGUAUUCGGCUGUAAAUCGAUUGCUUUGUGAGCAGGUCAGUAGCUUUUAUUCUUGUUUCAGAUGAAGGACCAAAUCUUGAGUCAUUUGGAGCAGUGGGAUCUCACACUUUUUUCGCUCUCACCUUCUGUCACUGUCAUUUCCGACCUGGUGCAGUUUCUGGUACUGUAAAGCUGCACUUGUUUGAACUUGAAAGUGUUUUGAUUUUCUUCUCUAAACUACAACGAGGCUGGAGAAAGAAAAAUCUAGAAGAAUCGCGAGCCCAGCUUUGAUUUAGGUGGAUCAAAUCGGAGUCUCAUUUCAGCUGGAAUUCAAUUUUAGCAUUUCGCUCACACCAAUCAGACAGCUUCAAAAUGGCAUGAUCAUUGGACAGAAAUAAACAUAUAGAGAAAUAAACAUAAACGUUUUCCUGUUGGACAUCAGAGGUUUUACUGAGUGGAAACAGGUGGAAUAAGAGAUCCAACUGUUUGAUGUUUCAGGUGUUUUGAUUUUGGAUGCAGAUCUUUAUCGAAGCAAAUAUUUUGUAAACUGAUUUCUUAAAACUUUGGCUCUAUGUGAACGUAGUCUCACCGUGUCUGUACAUUACUUUUCUCAAAGGGGACGUAACCUCACACAGCUUAACUUCACAUACCUCUUUCUUCCUUUCUUUACCUGUUAAUUUGAGGCACAGCAUUAACGUAUUCCAGGAGUACAGUAUGUGUUGAAUUUGGCACAAGUGAUCUUGUGACUGCAGAAUGUACCAUGUAUGUGUUUCUGUUUUUUAUUUGUGUGCUUUCUGUGGAUGCAGGCAGCUGCUCGAUAUCGUUUCUUGGCCUCAGUGACGUCAUGUUGAUGGAAAGUUGUAUUACUGUGGGAAAAACUGUCCAUUUUAUUGCAGUGUUUUAAAAUUGAUUCAUUCCAGUUAUAAAAAUGUCAUUAACAGCUCACUUCCCCCCAAGAUAAUUUGGAAAAAAAAGAAGUUUGUUUUAUGAAGCGUUUCAUAUCUAAAUUAAAAAUUGAAUAAAACAUUGGAUACCCCGAAU